AUGUUUUCUUCUAAAUUCCUCAGUGGGGGCAACCCGCUUAGUGCUGUGUCCUCUGCUGUGAACAAGUUUGGACUGUUUAGCGAUGAAGGGGAUAAGAGCCAAAAAGCUCCCCCGCAGCAGGGGGUCAAGCCCAGUGGAGACCUGAAACCAGGUGUGGACCCCAACAAAAGCAUGCAACAACAGAAGGGGCCCCUAAAAUCCAACCAGGGUGCCCCUGUGCAGAAGAGCCAGGGAGGACCACAUGGGAAUGGACAGGCAGGACCCCUCAAACAACCCGGGGCUCAGCCAAAGGGCUCAGUGCAACAAAGUUCCCCCAAAGCUGGAGGACGAGAGCAGAGUAAGAGUGACGUACCACGACAAGGAAAUGCUAAGCCUGGCGCAGCACAGGUGGGACAAGAGCAGCAGCAGGGGUCGCCUAAACCUUCCCAGCAACAGCAGAGCGCCCCCAAAGCUGGGCCAAAGCAGACUGCAUCCAAGGCCGUGGCACAGCAGCAGUCCAGGCCUAAAGGACCUGGUACACCCGACCUUUCACAGAGGUCAGGGUCUCCAUCGCCAGCCCAGAACCAAGAAGCCCCGUCUCAAGCAAAAUUAGUCGACAAGCCACUUUGUCCAGUUUGCAACACCACCAAACUCAACGUGCACACCAAGGACCCACCCAACCAUCAAAGAUGCACACAGUGUAAGACGCAAGUUUGCAGCUUGUGUGGCUUCAGCCCGCCAGACUCUGAUGGAUCCGAGUGGCUUUGUCUCACCUGCCAGAUAAAGAGAGCUGAAGCACCAAUGAAAAAGCCAACACCCUCCAAAAUGCCAUCAUCGCCUGCUGCUCCUGUCAAAAAAGAGACGCCCGCAUCAGCUUCACCCAGCAAGACCACACAUUCUUCAGCAAAAGUGCCAGCCAAAAGUGAAGUUAAGGUCCAAGGGAGUCCAAAACAUAUUGGUACAGACUCUACGCAAAAGACUCCUCAGGAGACCCAGAGAGCGCCAGGUUCCCAGAAACGACAUCCUUCAAGUACAAGAAGUGUGAGUCCUGCACCCCAGCAGGAGUCUGGGGGGUUGUUUGGCUUCAGUGCUUCUAAGCCAGCAGAGGAGUCGGUGACCGGGAAAAUGUUUGGAUUUGGUUCUUCCAUAUUCAGUUCUGCAUCGACGCUGAUGGCCUCCACGCCACCGGUUUCUCCUAAAAUGCAACCCGCCAAGGAGAACAAACUACCGGAGCAGGAGAAGAAACUCCACCCCGAGCAGACCGGGGUUCCGUCAGCAGGACAGGCCAAAGUUGCAGAGGCAGCACCCUGCAAUGUCCCACAAAAAGGCCAAUCUUUGUGUGCUAUCUGUAAAACGGUCCUCAACGUGGGCUCCGAGGCCCCUCCCAACUACAGCAGCUGCACUGAAUGCAGAAGCACUGUGUGCAAUCAAUGUGGAUUUAACCCUCUGCCAAAUGUUAAAGAGGGGAAGGAGUGGCUUUGUCUAAACUGUCAGGUAAAAAGAGCUACCAAAGGUAUCGAACCCCCAAAAGACACUCCAUUGGCUACUUCGCCGUUUAAAAGGACUCCAACACCACAAAAGACUUCUGCUCCAGGCUCUCCCCAGAGUAAUGUACCUUCUCCAGAGACCCGGACAUCCAAGGCUGAAGCUGUUAAAGUACAAGGCAGUCAAAAACUGACUAGCCCAGCCCCUGCCCAGAAAACACAGCAGGAUAACAAAGCAGAUCUGCAGAAGAAAGUAGAGCAGUCAAAUGUAACUGCACAAAAACCGGGAAAUGCCACUGAAGUCCCGGGACAGCAGGAAACAGGAGGAUUUUUUGGUUUUGGAAGCCCUAAAAAGCCAACUGAUCCUGCAAAACCUGCAGAGUCAGUAACAGGGAAGAUGUUAGGAUUUGGUUCUUCUAUAUUCAGUUCUGCAUCCACUUUGAUGUACUCUACAGUCCAAGAUGAACCUAAACUGGCAGCAUCACCAGCUUCUCCCAAGAUGACCCCAUCUGCAAAGAAACUAGAUAAAAGCCAGCAGGGUCCAAAAGCAGACACCAUGUUAUCAGAGCCUACAAAGGGAGCAGUUGUUUCCAAAACUGGUCCUUCGUCCUGCCCUGUAUGUAAAUCAGCCUUCAACGUUGGCUCUAAAGAUCAACCCAAUUACAACACAUGUACAGAGUGUAAAAAUGUUGUCUGCAACCAAUGUGGAUUCAACCUCAUGCCAAAUGUGAAGGAGGUGAAGGAGUGGUUAUGCCUCAACUGUCAAAUGCAACGUGCCCUCGGAGCAGCCCAGCCUCCAGGAACCCCCAUCAUGAAAGCACAGGCCUCGCCAAACAAAGUUACUGCAUUUUCUAAUGUCCCCAAGAAAGAAACGAAAGACAUCCCAAAAACUGCUGAGUCUAAAGUCAAGGAAUUAUCUGCUGCUUCAGCACCUGAGAAGGAAGUUGCAAAGAAGGACACUGUCAAACGACCAGAGAACCAACAAUCCCUCACUCCAACAUUAGAUUCCAAAGCUUCAUCUGAAGAGUUGAAGAAGGGACCACAAAAGCUACCAGAUAAUGCUGCUUUAAAUGCACAAGAAGACUCCCGUGGUCCAAAACUUGAACCUGGUACAGUGAAGCCAACUGAAUCACUUGGUGGAAAAAUGUUUAGUUUUGGUUCCUCUAUCUUCAAUUCUGCAUCCACGUUAAUACCCACAGCCGGCCAAGAUGAAUCCAAAAUGACACCUCCACUGUCCCCCAAGAUGCCUGCCACCAAGGUGAACAAAUCACCCCUUGCUCAGGGAAAAGAACAAAAGAAACAAGAGCAAGCUCAACAAGCUAAACCGCCAUCAGAUCAGUCAAAGGAAGCUACAGUUUCCAAAGAAGGCAAAUCUACCUGUCCUCUGUGUAAGGUGGAACUUAAUUUAGGUUCCAAGGAUCCUCCCAACUUCAGAAAAUGCACAGACUGCAAAAACACCGUCUGUAACCAGUGUGGAUUUAAUCCGGUGCCCAAUCUGGCAAAGGAAAAUGAAUGGCUGUGCUUGAACUGUCAGAUGCAAAGAGCUCUGAAUGCAUCAGAACCCACGCAGCCUGCCAUCAAGCUGUCCAAUACAGUGACAAACCUUCCAUCUUCUGUACAUCAGAAGACAACUGUUUCAAAUGAAGAUGAAUCAACCACGAAGGAAUCAUUACAAUCUGAUGUACCCACAAAAGUGCAGACUGCAGCACCUGACAAGAAAAAGGAGAGUUCUGCACCUAGUACCCCGCAGAAGAUUCAUCCAUCAACUGGAACACCAGAAACCAAGAUUUCUAUUGAACAAACACAGAACAAACAGGGUGCCCCAUUGUCUGAUCAGGAACCUCAAAGGAACACAGAUCCCCAGAAACCACCUGAUCAGACUACUCAGUCUGGACUAAAACAGAGCAAAUUUACCUCGGAUGGCUUGAUUGGCUCUAAAUCUAGUUCUGAUGUUUCGAAAACAACAGACUCUAUCACUGGAAAGAUGUUUGGCUUUGGUUCUUCUAUUUUCAGCUCAGCAUCUACUCUUAUAUCAUCAGCUGUUCAGGAAGAAUCUCGCACUACACCGCCAAGCUCUCGUAAGAUGUCUGCACCAGGGCACGUCUCUCCAAGGAUUUUAGUUGGACCCAAAAUUUCUCCAAAAGAUACACCAAUACUUUCUCCCAGCAAAGUGCAACCAAAAGCCCCUGAAAAUAUCGUUCGGGAGCUCAAGAAACAAGGAGAGGCCCAUCAGAUCAAACAAGGUCCAUCACAGGCAGGCACAACUCCUCAGACCCAGUUUAAAGCAGGCCAUGUAAACUGUCCACUAUGCAAUAUCAAACUAAACAUCGGCUCAAAGGAACCUCCAAAUUUCAAUACCUGCACUGAGUGUAAAACCAAUGUGUGUGACAAAUGUGGAUUUAAUCCAAUGCAUAUUGGAGAGAAAAAUGAAUGGCUAUGUCUUACCUGUCAGAUGAAAAGAGCAGUUGGUGGUCCUGAGCAACUGGCUUCUCAAAAACAGGCUCAGACAGCCAGUAGUAAAGUCACUGCUGUUGUCAAGUCAAUGGAUACCUUUAAACCAGCUCCAACAUCUCAAACAAAGGCAAAUCCACAGGAAAAAUCACCUUCAGUUAAGUCUGGCAAACCAGAAGCUUCCACAACACCAGCGGAGUUGGGUGCCCUGGCACCUGAUGAUAAAACACAACAGAAAAAUGAGAGGAAGGUUCCUGAGAACAAAUCAGAUCUGGCAAGCCAGAUCCCUCCUGGACACAGGCAGAGUUAUGCCACUGCAACAAAGCAGCAAGACGCUGCAGGAUUUUUUGGCUUCGGGGCUACAAAAUCUCAGCAGGAUACAGAGAAGGCUCCAGAUUCAGUGACUGGAAAGAUGUUUGGUUUUGGUUCUUCAAUAUUCAGCUCUGCAUCUACAUUAAUGACUUCUACUGCCCAGGAUCAGCGUAAUAAAACACCCCCUGCUUCUCCCAAAAAAUCCCCUGCAAAGGAAAUUAAAUCUGAUGUUUCUCAGAAAUUAGAGCCGCUGAAGAAAGUGCAGUCAACACAGCAGAACAAGACGCCUUCAUCGAGUCCAGCUAAAGGACAAACAAAUGACACAUUUGAACCUCUAAAGGCUGCAGAAGCUACCAAAUCAGCUGUCAAACCGGGUUCUACCUGUCCACUCUGCAAGGCUGAACUCAACAUAGAUUCUAAAGACCAAGCCAACUACAAUAGCUGCACUGCAUGCAAAAGUAUUGUGUGUAACCAGUGUGGAUUUAACCCUAUGCCAAUUGGAGUGAAAAACGAAUGGCUAUGUCUAACAUGUCAAACCAAAAGAGCAGUGGAAGCAUCUGAGCAACAAGCCUCUCAAAAGCAGGCUCAAACAUCAAAUAGUAAAGUUCCUGUAACAGUCAAGUCGACAGACGAUUCCAAACCAGCAAUUACUGAAGCAAACACACAUCCAAGCAAUGCAGUAACCCCACAGGAAAAACUGUCAACAACUUUAGUUAGGUCAGCCAAACCAGAAGCUUCCACAACACCAGCAGAUUUAGCUACCUUGGCACCUGAUGAUACAACACAACACAAAAAUGCGAAGAAAGAUCCGGUAAGCCAACCUGGACGCAGGCCGAGUAAUGCCAUUGCAACAAAGGGGCAAGUCACGGAAGGAUCUUUUGGUUUGGGUGCUACAAAAUCUCAGAAGGAUGCAGAGAAAUCCACAGAUUCAGAUCAACCUAAGACCGAUACACCAGCUUCUCUAAAAAAGUCCCCUGCAAAGGAACAAACACCACCAUCGGGUCCAGCAAAAGAGGAACAUAAUGUCACAUCAGAACCUCUUAAGGCAGCAAAAGCUACCAAACCAGCUAUCAAACUAGUUUCUACAUGUCCACUCUGUAAGGUUGAACUCAACAUGGGCUCAAAAGACAAAGCCAAUUACAAUACCUGUACUGAAUGCAAAAGUACUGUGUGUAACCAUUGUGGAUUUAACCCCAUGCCAAUUGGAGAGAAAAAAGAAUGGCUAUGUUUAACCUGUCAGACAAAAAGAGCAGUGGGAGCAUCUGAGCAACCAGCUUCUCAAAAGCAAACUCAAACAUCAAAUAGCAAAGUUCUUGUUGCGGACAAGUCAACAAACAACUCCAAACUAGCUUCAACAACUCAAGUAAAUGCACAUCCAAGCAAUGCAAUAACCCCACAGGAAAAAAUGUCCACAACUUUAAUAAGGUCAGACAAAUCAGAAGCUUCCAUAACAUCAGAGGAGUUGGCUAGCCUCGCACCUGAUGAUACAACACAACAAAAAAAUGAGAGAAAAAAUCCUGAAAAACCAUCAAAUACGGUAAGCCAACCUGGUCGUAGGCUGAGUAAUGCCACUGCAACAAAGAUGCAAGACACUGGAGGAUUUUUUGGUUUGGGUGCUACAAAAUCUCAAAAGGAUACAGAGAAGUCUUCAGAUUCAGUGACUGGAAAAAUGUUUGGUAUUGGUUCUUCUAUGUUCAGCUCUGCAUCUACAUUAAUAACAUCUGCUGUUCAGGACCAACCUAAGACCGAUACACCAGCUUCUCCCAAAAAAUCCCCUGCAAAGGACAUUAAAUCUGAUGUUCCUGAAAAGCUGGAGCCAACACCUUCAUCGGGUGAAGCUAAAGGGGAAAACAAGGUCACAUCAGAACCUCUUAAGGUUGCAGAAGCUACCAAAACAGCUGUCAAACCAGGUUCUACCUGUCCACUCUGUAAGGUUGAACUCAACAUGGGUUCAAAAGACCAAGCCAAUUACAAUACCUGCACUGAAUGCAAAAGCACCGUGUGUAACCAGUGUGGAUUUAACCCCAUGCCUAUUGGAGAGAAAAAUGAAUGGCUAUGUCUAACCUGUCAGACAAAAAGAGCAGUGGAAGCAUCUGAGAAACCAUCCUCUCAAAAGCAGACUCAAGCAUCAAACAGCAACGUUUCUGUUGCAGUCAAGUCGAAGGACAACUCCAAACCACCUACAACAACUCAAGCAAACACACAUCCAAGCAAUGCAGUACUCCCACAGGAAAAACUGUCUUCAACUUUAAUUAGGUCGGGCAAACCAGAAGCUUCCAUCGCACCAGAAAAGUUAACUAGCCUGGCACAUGAUAAUAAAACACCACAGAAGAGUGAGAAGAAAGUUCUUGAAAACCAAUCAGAUCUGAUAAGCCAACCAGAACGUAGGCCAAGUAAUGCCACUGCAGCAAAGCAGCAAGAUACAGCAGGAUUUUUUGGCUUGGGUGUUACAAAAUCUCAAAAGGAUGCAGAGAAGUCCGCAGAUUCAGUAACUGGAAAGAUGUUUGGUUUUGGUUCUUCAAUAUUCAGCUCUGCAUCUACAUUAAUAACAUCUGCUGUUCAGGAUAAACCUAAGACCGAUACACCAGCUUCUCCUAAAAAGUCCCCUGCAAAGGAACAAACACCUCCAUGUGGUCCAGCAAAGGGGCAACAUAAGGUCACAUCAGAACUUCCAAAGGAUGCAGAACCUGCCAAAUCAGCUGUCAAACCAGGUUCUACCUGUCCACUCUGUAAGGUUGAACUCAACAUGGGUUCAAAAGACCAAGCCAAUUACAAUACCUGCACUGAAUGCAAAAGCACCGUGUGUAACCAGUGUGGAUUUAACCCCAUGCCUAUUGGAGAGAAAAACGAAUGGCUGUGCCUUACAUGUCAGACCAAAAGAGCAGUUGAAUCAUCUGUGCAACUAGGUUCUCAAAAACAGGCCCCAACAUCAAAUAUUAAAGUUCCUGUUGCAGUCAAGUCAAUGGAUAUGCCCAAACCAGUUACAACAUUGCAAACAAAGGGGAUUCCAAGCAAUGCACAACUCCUGCAGGAAAAACCUUCUUCAACCUCAGUUGAGUUAGAAAAACCUGAAGCUUCAACUACAUCAUUGAAAUUGGUUAGCCCAGAACCGGAUUAUAAAACACCACAGAAAAAUGAAAAUAAAGCAUCUGAGAAACCACCAGAUCCGGAAUGCCAACCUGGACGUAGGCCGAGUAAUGCCACUGCAGCAAAGCAGCAAGAGAGCGGCGGGGUUUUGGGAUUUAGUGCUACAAAAUCUCAGCAGAAUUAUAAUAAUUCAGUGACUGGAAAGAUGUUUGGUUUUGGUUCUUCAAUAUUCAGUUCAGCAUCUACAUUGAUAACAUCUGCUGCUCAGGAUCAACCUAAGACAACACCUCCAGCUUCUCUCAAAAAGUCCCCAGCAAAGGAAAUGAAAUCUGAUGUUCAUCAGAAGCUGGAGCAAACACAGCAGAGAAAGACACCUCAAUCGGGUCCAGCUAAAGAGGAUAAUAAGGUCACAUCAAAAUCUCUGGCUGCAGAAGUUACAAAAUCAGCUGUCAAACCAGGUUCUAACUGUCCACUCUGUAAGGUUGAACUCAACAUAGGUUCAAAAGACCAAGCCAACUACACCACCUGCACUGAAUGCAAAAACACUGUGUGUAACCAGUGUGGAUUUAACCCCAUGCCAAAUGAAACAAAGGUAAAGCGGUGGCUGUGUCUCACCUGCCAGAUGCAGCAAGCUCUUGGUGCGAGCCAUCCUUCAGGAGCUUUUUCUAACAACUACAGCGUUUCUGAAAAAGAUGUCACCAGUAGAGCUGAACCUGAAAAGAAAGUGGCUUCAAUGCCAAUAUCACCUAAGAAAGAACCAACAGCUGAUACAGCAACGUCUGCAACAGCUCAGUCUGACAGUAAUAGUGCUCUUACUAAAAAUAUACCACAAGACUAUCAAAAAACAUCUGGCCCAAGCUCAUCACCAGGACCAACAAGGCAAGCUGAACGCAAACAGAGCAUUGCUGCUUUGGCACCCCAGCAAGAAUCAGGAGGUUUCUUCGGCAGUAAAACCCAACCUGAAGCUUCCAAACCAGCAGAAUCAGUGACCGGGAAAAUGUUUGGCUUUGGAUCUUCUAUUUUCAACAGUGCAUCCACUUUGAUUACUUUGGCGGUCCAGGACCAGCCCAAAACCACCCUAUCGGUGUCUCCUAAGAUGUCCCCAGCAAAACAGAGUACAUCUCCUUCUCUCCAGAAAAAAGAAGAGAUAAAAUCAGAACAAACUCAGCAGGGUCUAUCUGAACAGAACAAAGUCAACACAAAUCUAUUUAAACAAGUUUCCCACUCCACAUGUCCCCUUUGUAAGGUUGACCUCAACAUUGGAUCCGAAGAGCUACCUAACUAUGACAAAUGCACUAACUGCAAGAGUACAGUUUGCAAGCAGUGUGGAUUCAACCCUAUGCCAAAUGUAUCAGAGAAAAAGGAGUGGCUGUGUCUGACGUGCCAGAUGCAAAGAACUCUCUCAGCAGCAGAAGCAGUACAACCUCCAUCUGUGAAGCCUCAGUCAUCACUCAACAAAGUGACUAAACCCGCUGCUGCCACGGCCAAUCCAAGUAAAGAUAUGAUACCAACACAAAAAAGAAAAGUCCUGGACAAAGAUCAGAAGGACAAAACAACACCAGGUAAACUCGAAAAUAAUGAAAUCCCAACAACUGAUAUCAAAUCUGGUUCACUACCUCCCAAUCAAGUCCAAAUCUCCACAGCAAUUCCAGUUGAAGAAAGGACACCUGCAAACGCUGAUAAAACUUUGGUUGAGCAAGCGCCUCCUGUCAGCACAGAUGUUACAUCUCCACUGAAGGAGGAAGAUCCAACUUUAACACGCUCACCUGCAACAACAGACACAUUGGAAAAGAAAGCACAGGGAAUGGAAGGCACUACAAAAUCAGAGGAUGAAGUAGUCAUGUCGGCUGAUAUAGAGAAGCCAUCCAAGUCCAAAGGUAAAGAGCCAAAUCUUGCUGCCAAACCGCCUCCUUCCAUGUCACAGCCAACUAAAGAUACAGGAAGUUUGGUUAGCAUUAAUGCUUCAAAACCUCAGCAAGGGGUCUCCAAAACAGCUGAAGCAGUGACAGGGAAGAUGAUGGGAUUUGGUUCAACACUCUUCAGCUCAGCAUCUUCUUUAAUAACAUCCGCUGUUGGUGAAGAAUCACGCACCACACCACCAAGUUCUCGUAAAAUGUCUGCGCCGGCACAAAGUUAUGAUAAAACGGCAGCUCCUCAAAUCCCGCCGGUCAAGUCAAGUUCUGCUCUAUCUCUGAUAAAAUCCUCCACAAAAGAAGUGAAGUCUGACAAUAUUCAGAAACAAUCAAUGGAGAAGAUGGCGGACAAACUUCAGGAAGACAAUGCUUCUCUACCAGGAACGAAACAUGUGGACCAAGGUCCGUCAGAAGCUUCAAAAGUAAAGGCUCCACAAACUGCUCCCAAAGAAAUUGAGCUCAACUGCCCCCUUUGUAAGGUUGAAUUUAAUGUUGACGGCAAAGAUCAAGCAAAUUACAACACCUGCACCGGAUGUAAAACAGCAGUCUGCAACAAAUGUGGAUUUAGUCCCAUGCCGAAUAAAGCAGAGGGGAAAGAAUGGCUCUGUCUCAACUGUCAGAUGCAGAGAGCACUUGGCGCCUCUGAACCUCUUGGACUUCCCUUGAUAAAAUCCCAAUCUUCACCAAGUAAAGACAUGCCUCCCUCCACAACGAAGGGAGAGACAGCUAUACAAGCUCCUCAGGAGGACACUAAAACACCCAAACCUGACGAGACAGUCAGUGUCGUCACUACCAGGGAAAGCCAAUCCCCAGCAAUUGGCGAAUCAACUGUGAAAGCAACAGCGGCAGUUGCCUCAUUGCCUGAAAAAAGUGUUCUUCCUGAAAUCAUGAAGACUGUGGUUGCAUCUGCUUCACCUGCAAUUACCCCUAAAGGACAACCUGGAAUACCCCAGAAACAGCCUCCAGAAAAGAUGGUUCCCCCAACAGCACCAGAAGUAGGUAAAAUACUACCCCAACAACCUACAAAAGCUGGGGGAUCUCCAGCCAAAUCAAUUCUGGCAACAGCUCCACCUGUAAAACAGGAAUCAGUAGGCUUCUUUGGUUUUGGUGGUCCUAAAACACAACCUGUUAAGCCUGCUGAAUCAGUACCUGGCAAGAUGUUUGGCUUUGGGUCAUCUUUUUUUAAUUCAGCGUCCAAUUUGAUAACCUCAGCUGUACAAGAUGAAACGAAAAAGACAACUCCGACGCCAAGCACAAUUACUUUGCAGGCCUCUCCUAAAACGACGCCGCCUGCUUCUCCCAAAACAAUACCUGGAAAGGACAUCAAACCACCUGCAGUCCAGAAAACUAAAGAAACAGAACUGGAAACACCACAGGUAAAAACUACUCCUUCAGCAACACACAUGGAUAAAGCUCCAUCCGUUUCCCCCAAAGCACCACUAACACCUCCAAAACCAGCUCAGUUAACCUGCCCACUCUGUAAGAUGCUAUUCAAGAUGGAUUCUAAAGAUGCUCCCAAGUUCAACACCUGCACAGAAUGCAAAACAACUGUCUGCAAUCAGUGCGGAUUCAAUCCAUUGCCUACGGUCUCAGAGGUAAAGGAAUGGCUAUGUCUGAACUGUCAGAUGCAGAGGGCCCUUGGCACAUCUGAGACUACUGGACCAUCUGCAGUGAAACCUCAGGCCUCACCUACAAGGACUGGUCCUUUUCCUUCUGAACAUAAUAAUGAAGAAGUCCAGCCAAAGAAGUCUACAUCAGUCAGAGAAGAAGGUUCUGAACGCCUGGAUGAGGACUCACGGACACUUACAAUUAAUAAGCCUGGUUUAUUGCAUGAUGCAGCACCAAGGACGGACAUCCCUUCAGUUGGUGAUCAAGAAAAGGGCCAAGAUGUGACCAAGCAGCCUCCCACUGAAAAAACCCCACCCAAGGAACACACUUCUCAAACUCCAAAAACAGAAGUCAAGGCCGGUGUUGCGAAACCGACAGAUGAGAAACCCCCUCAGCAGCUUUCGAAAUCUCCUGUCAAAUCUACACCAGCAGCAGCAGCUGCUAAACAGGAGUCUGGCAGGUUCUUUGGAUUCGGGGCUCCAAAAACGCAACCACAGGCUGCUGAGACUGUCACUGGUAAAAUGUUUGGAUUUAGUUCAUCCAUUUUUAGCUCUGCCUCUACCUUGAUAACAUCUGCUGUCCAAGAUGAGCCCAAAACUACUCCUUCGGUUCCUCCUAAGAUGUCCCCUGCUAAAGAAAACAAAGUUCCUGUUGUGCAAACACAACAACUGACCAAACCUGCCCACUUGGGUCAGGUUAAAGACCCAAAGACUUCACUCACAGCAACAAAAGUCACAGAAGGCACCGACGUGGAUAUUCCCAAAGCAGAUACAGAGUCCACCUGUCCACUCUGUAAGGUUGAACUCGAUAUGGCCUCCAUGGAACCACCCAAUUACAACACAUGCACUGAAUGCAAGAGUGUUGUCUGUAGCCUCUGUGGAUUUAACCCCGCACCUCAAACUGGAGGGAAGGAAUGGUUGUGUCUAAACUGCCACACACAAAAGGCUUUGGCCGGACAACUAGAAGACUCAGGAAAAGUCCCUCAGGCUUCCCCAGUCUCAGCUCCGCCAGAAACAUCACGUAUACUUACAACCAAAAAGACGGAGUCAAAAUCUGCACCUGCAAAGGCUGAGCCAUCAGCUGAAGUUACAAAACAACCAACAGAAACAACAAGACCUACAACAAAGACAUGCAUCAUAACAGAAAACCCAGCUGCAACAUCUUUCACAAAAGUGGAAAUUGAACCAAAAACAGUGGAGGUGUCAACUGUCAUCAAAGAAAAACAGCAAUUAUUUGAAUCCACAGCAGAACCAAUUAAACCACUAGUGGCUCCUCAACUUAAAUUGUCCAAAACAGAUGUAGGAGUGGAAAUAACAAAUUUAGAGAAGAAGGAACAAAGUGUGAAAGAAAUUCCCAAAUCCGUUGAGAAAACUGAGCCCUCAAAAGCCAUAUUUGAAUUGUCUACUGUUGGAAUUGCUCUAGAAGACAAAACGAAGCAACCUCCAACAAAGAAGGUUGAAGUCAAGACAACAAAUCUUGAAGACCAAAUCCAACUGAGCAAGCCUGAAACAUCUGCUAAGAAGGCUGAAGUUCAGGAACAGUCACAUGAGCCUCUUACUGGCAGUAAUCAAGUAGUGGAACAAAUAGCUGAUGCCAUUCUCGCCCUAGAGCCACAACCAGAAUCUACAAAGGAGCCAGAUAAAAUGACAAAUGAAACAUAUUUCCUUGCUGGUGGAACAGUUGAAUUGGAGCACAUAGUUGUAUCCGAGACAGCUACUACGGCAAGAUUGGAGGCAGAAAAUGAUGCUCAACCUCAGAUUUUACCGUUUUCAGAUAAACCAAAAGAGGAUCAGGUGGUAUGCAGUAGAAUUAAAAAUACUGUAGAAGAAGGACAAACACUGCAAAUAAAAGAGACGGUAGAAAGUGGAAAAAGGCGCCUUAGUUUCCAAGCAAUGGAAGAGAGCAGUGGGAGUGACUUCACACUUUCACCAUCACCAGAGGUUCAGAGGAGGAGGCUCAAAGUGACUGAUGUGACAUCUAUCAGUGAGGAGAUCAAAACUGAAAGUGCUGACUCGUCAAUAGAAGAUGAAGACUUUAUCCGCAGUCAGAUAAUGGGUAUGGGCGAUGAAGAGGAAAUGUCUCUAUCCGAGGAUGAGAAAGAAAAAACAUUGUCCAAUGAAGAAGUCGUUAGGAAGGCUGUGCUUGAUAAUUCCUCAAUGAAAUUUAAAUCACUCUCUAGUGAAGGAGGUACAGAUAAUGAAGGACCCCUUGCAUGGAGAAAAUUCCCUCUCAUGACUAGUACUGGAGCUUCUGAAGCAUUUCCAAGUACAACUUUUAAGAAAGCUGUUCCAGUCAUCAAACAAAUACAAAGCACUGAUGAAGAGGUAGAGAGUAUCACUGAAUCCCUUUCAAAGGGUUCGUCCAGUCUUCAAGCAUCUAGCUUUACUCCAGGGUCAUCACCGACAUCUGCAUCAUCCCUGGAGGAGGACAGUGAUAGCAGUCCAAGUCACAAAAUAAUUAGUGGGGACAGACAGUAUCGCAAAGGUAAACACAGACACGCAACCCAGCCACUACCCACAAUUGAAGACUCCUCUGAGGACGAGAAAUCUCGGAAAGAAAAGAAUGAACUAAGUGUGCAUGAGCUCUUGUCUGCCAGUGAAAGUGCUUCCUCAGUAGAGGAUAUAAGACAAGUCAUUGUAAAGGAUGACAUUAGUAAAACAUCUGGCUCUGAGUACUGGGCCAGUGUCGAAUCAGAACCAGAAGUAAGCCAAGCCGUACAGAGAGGGCGCAAACCUUCUCCAACAGUGAUACCGUUUACCCCAGUCGAAGAAAAUGAGCCUGUUUCAACAUUAUUAAAGAGUGCAGAAGAAGCAUAUGAGCAAAUGAUCCAGAAGGCCAAAGCAAUUCCAGGCGAUAGUCCUCCUGAUGUUGAGCCACUUUAUGGAGGAAUGUCAAUAGAGGACUAUCUCUAUGAAUCCUUGGUUGAGGAGCCAGAUAUUUUAAUGUGUGAUUAUGCCGACACUGAACCCAAAGAGGACUACAGUCCUGAACCUUUAAAGAAACUCAGGUCUCCGGAGGAGGUUUAUGAAGAGAUGAUGGAAAAGAAGAGGGAAUUGAUGAUGAUAGAGCAAGAGUUUCAACAGGCCCAGAAUGCCAUGGAAUCUAUACCAUCUUUACAUGCUGAGACUUGUGUUGUAGUCAUACCCACAGAAGCGAUAUCCCACAUUGAAGAAAGUGAGCCUCCUAUUGGGUUUGACAAUUCUAGUGAGCUGCCAGUCAAGAAAAGAAAACGACCAGCCCCACCACGCCCUUCAGAACCCCCAAAGCGGCCUGAGGUGACUAUUAUUCCAGCCACACCUUCUGGUUCUAUAGGUUUUGUUCGGCCCAUGAUUCCACUAGAUCCUGCACUUAGAAAGGCACUUUUCCCCAUACCUGACCUCAAGAUUACACAGUGUUCAUCAGGGGAAGAAGAGGAUGACAGUCUUGCAGAAGAGUAUGGUGUUGGGAUUUCUUCUGACAUUACCCCAAGUGAUGAUUCUGAAACCAAAGAUGAUCAAUCCAUAAGCCCACCUUUGUCUGACACAACUGAAAUAGAACAGAUUUCCGUGGUCUGUGAAAUCCCAGAACCAAAACCUAUUCCAACUCCAAUAUCAGCUCCAGAACUAACCACUACACCUUCUCCUUUAUCGCCACUGUCCCCACCAACUUCACCAGCGACCCCAGAUUCUAGCAUGGCUUCUAAUGCUACAUCUUCACCCUCCUUUCAAGCUCAAACUCCUCUGUCGUCAGAUUCAACUCCUCUUUCUACACCUACUCGUUCCUUUGUCACUCAAUCCUCCCGAGAGGGCUCACCAUUGUUGCCCACUAAAAGUGGGACUUUUAAAGAAAGCUCUGCAGUUGUAGUAACUAUACCUGAUGUGGUGUCUGACCCUUUUAAAGGUGAAACAGCAGAAUUGGUCCAAACCUCUAUUCCCAAGGUCCCAAUUCAAGUCCCAGUGGAGACUUCACCAGUUGUUGAAAUGCCAGACUUGGUUUCAUCUCCGUCUCAAAUGCCAAUUGACGCAUCUGUGCUAGGGGUGUCCACGCCAAGUCCAGAACCUGUUAUUGUCACAGCUAAGCCUCCAGUUCAAUUUAGUGAAUCAUGCGGUACCAGAAAAAUUCAAGUCUAUAGUCAAUCCUUAGAUAAUGUAGCUACUGCUCCUGUAGGUGCAGUAUCACACCAUGAACCAGUAAUUGUCCAGAUGCCUGACCUGGUUUCAACUGCGUCUCAAAUCUCCUCACCAACACCUAUUCAAGGCUCAGCAAUAACAACAGCCUUGGCCCAGGCCAAAACAAAUGUGGUAAACAAAGUCCCUGUUCAACCUGCUGUGAUUCCUGUAUCUAUUCCUUCAACUACUAUAGUCAAAAAGAAAGUCCCACCGCCUCCUCCCCCGAGAUCUACUUCAGUUUCAUUACCCGAGCUUGGCAAGGAGCGUCUACCUACAAGUGAGGCUCAGUAUGUCUCCACAACUAUGGCGACCACAAUCCCUACAGGAACCCCAGUUGUUGUCCAGGCAAUGCAGUCCGUAGUUGUUGAUAUACAGCCAAGAAUGGAGGAGAUGAAACCAGAUGAUGUUGCUGUACCUCAAGUUGUGACCCCAACAAGACCAGGGCAUGUGGUCAUCAUUGUGCCGAGUAUGGAAAACUUGUCUCGGCUUAGCCACACUCAACAAAGUAGCACUAUCUCUUCAACCGUGUCUCAGGUACCAAGUAUGCAGCCCGUUAUUACCAGUAUCACCCCAUCUAAGACAGCUGUGUCAGAUACAUCCAAUGCAGGUACAGCAUUCCCUUCCACUACAGUGGCAGUAGCGCCAUUAGUUUCAAUUCCAUCAGUUACACAUACACCACGUCCUUCCACUUUACCGAAGCCUACUGUAUAUCCAAAACCACCAAUUCCCACAGCAGUGGAACAGUUUUCUGUAACAAUAACUGGCUCUAGUCCUUCGCCAAAGGCCCCUCCACCAAUACCACCUAAGCCUGUAAUUAUUCCAGCUGGACUGGUUUUCAGUCACAAACCAGGAGAAAGUGUCAAACCACCUUAUGUUACACAAAAAGCUGCAACACUGCCUCGGACCAAAGAACCUCCAAAUGCCCUUUCGCUUACCUUGACGAGACCUGUGGAGAGUAAGUCAGGGGCAACAUCUCCCAAGUCACCUCUAUCUCCAAGACAUGGCAAAUGUUUGAAAACAUAUGUGGUGAUAACGCUUCCAUCUGAGCCUGGCUCACCAACAGAAGUAAUAACAGUCCAGGCACCAAUAAGACGAGGCUCCAUCCCAUCUACCAAAGGACCAGGAGUACGAACAACGCCUUUAGAGCAGAAAUCCCUUGGUGAAACAUUUUCAGCACAGGCCACAGUUCGGAGAGCUUCCGUCCCCAUUGUUAGGCAUCCUCCCCCUAUACCCUUAGCAUCAACUGCUCCAUUAAAACAAGUGACAGUGGUUUCUGAAGAGCAGGCUGGUAGAGAUUCUGAUCAGGAAACAAUAAUUCAGGUCCAUAAUGUACCGGACCCAAUAAAGAAGCCAUACAUACCUGUCAUACUGAAGCAGCAACACACAGUCUAUCAGCCCUUGCCACCAUCUAUACCAAUGCAACAAAACACAACGAAGACCUCAGAAAUAAGGAGUGAAGUCACUGCAGGACCACAUCCUGAAACAUCAGUCACUCAACGUCCAAAAAUUGUCUCAGAGGGUGUGGAACUUCCACAAGAGAUUUCAGCUGAAGAACAAGUCUCAGCCCAAAUUCAAACACUGCCAAGUCAGCCCCUGACACAAAAUAUUGUUAUUCCACUAGAGCCUGGGGUACCUUCUGAUGUACAAAUACCCCGAGAUUGUACAGUUAUUAUGUACACAACUGAAAUAGAAAAACAACCAGAAAAGGCAGGUGAAACCAUCUUCACUGAUACAGUUCCAAGCUCAACUAUUGCAGUGAGUCAGCAACAACCGACGGGACUUAUACAAAUGGCUGACUCACAUUUGACAUUUACUAGUGAAUUCCAGUCACUUCAACAAACUAUGCAGCAAAUACCUGCACAGCAUCCAUAUUCUGCAGGCGAAGUGAGGGCACUUGUAGCAGAGAGAGACUCACAAUAUGAUUAUGUUGUUACAAUACCAGAUGUACAAACAUCACCCCAUGUCUAUCAUAACAUUGCCACAGCUCCCACACACAUGACUCAGUUAACAAUGGAGAAGAUAGCUCCAAAUGCUGAAGACAUUUUCUCACCUGUAAUAAUGGAGGUGCAACAUCGAACACCACAACCAGAGGAGCCUUCUAUCACUUAUAUGCCUCAUGUCUACGUAACUAUUCCAUCAACCACCAUGCCAUGUUUAACACCUCCACUUGAAGUUAUUGCAUUACAGCCGAAGCCUACACCGACUAUAACAAAGGGGGCUCCUCCAAGACAAGAACCAAUGUCAUCAUUGAUACAGCCUCAGGUAGUGGCUUCAUUGUCCUAUACGGUUAUUCCAGCCGAACAACCUUCAAGGGAAAGGCGAACAUCUAUAUCAUCCACAGGAAAUCAACCAUACAGCACAAGUGAAAUAUUUACCUUUCCUACUGAUUAUGAAAUGCCUGGCCAGGAUGUCAACAAUGAAAAUGUUGCUGCCGCUGCAAGAAGGCAAUCUUUAACCAUACAACAACCAUUGGUAAUAAACAUGCCAGCUGAAAAAGACAUCCCUGUCAAUGUGUAUGAUACCUAUAGAAAAAGUUCAUAUCCUUCAAUCGAACAACCACAGCUAAUAACAUAUUCAUCAGAAUAUGAUCGUCCCUUUGAAAUAAUAACUACUGAGGCAUACACAAGGAGAACCUCAAUACCCGCUGUCCAGGACAUACCAACUGGGACACCUGUUGCUCCAGUCACCAUCACCAAAAUUCAACAAGAGUCGAUUGAAAGCCAAGAGAUCCGGGGACGAGAGAAAGUUGUCUCGAGUAUGAGUCACAAGUACUCUUCAGUUUCUACUACAGGCCAGCCUGCUGAAAUAUUGCCAAGCUUAGUGACUCAGGUAGUCACCACUGAGGUCCAGAGGACUACUGUGUCUGUCGUCCAUGAAAGACUUCCACAGCAUACUCCACCCAUAAAACCUGAUGAAAGUGAAUACCAAGCUCAACCUAAACUAAAUGGUAGGAUUAUAUAUCCUGGGGAUGUUAUGGAUCUACGGACCAUGAAGGCUGGCAUGAAAAUGACUAACCAAGGCAUGGACCUGACUCCGACUGAGUUGUUUAGACAGUCAUCCAAUGACACUGCUCGUCAAAUUACAGCAGUACAACCUGAAAUUGUAAAUCUUAGCGCUGAUGUUAUCCCAGUGACUACACUGUCUGUGGUAACUGAUAGCAUCACAAUAGUCACAUGCACAGCCACCAUUGCUUCAUACAGCAACCCUCCAGCAGAGAAACCUCUUGACUUGCAAGGGCCUGUUACAUCAUUGCCACUUCCUCUCACCACGUACAAAGCAUUUGAACCACUGGCGCAGAUUGUCUACAAACCUGUAAGCACUCUGCCUGUAGCCACAGCUGUAGCAUCUACAGAGCAAGACAUACCAAUUAACCUUUCGUUUGGAUCAUUGGCCAGAGGAGGCACACCCAUGACUUCUGCACUAGACAUUAAGAGUGGGGCCUCUGUCCUGUCUUUGGAAGCAACAGGGGCCGUGGAUCUGUCCAAUUACAGGCCAGUGAGAGCGAUGGUAGCUUUAUCUGGAAAAAGUCCUGAAGUAAUAACCACUGUUGUCGAGGAUGAUGGGAUACCAGUUGAUCUUACUGCUGGUAGAAGGAGUGUAUGCUGUGAUGUAUUAUACAAAUUACCAUUUACCGGGAGCUGCAGAACACAACCCCCUGUCACAACUCAGCCCGACAACCGUUUAGACUUCAAAGAUGAUCAGCAAAAUAGUGCUGGACAGUAUGGUAUUAAAGGGAUCAAUGGUGAAAAGGCAUCAAUAUCGAAGGCCAGCCUCAGGGAGGUAGGACUCUUUCCCUAUGAUCCCAAUAAGGAAUAUGACUACCUCAAUGGAUCUAGAGAUGGAGCUAUAGACCUCACUGCCACCAAACUCUCUGCUGGUAAAGCUCUUAACUACACGAGCAAAGCUACCACAACAUUCCCUGGGAUGACUGCCUCUCCAUCUUCCCAGGAUGCUCUUGCUGGUUUUGGUGUAAAUAGUGCCCUAAAAACUUCAGAUGGAAUAGUUUACUCCUCUGUUACUGCCCCAGUUCCAUCAACAUAUGCAAUAACCACACAACCUGGCUCCAUUUUUAGCACUACCUUAGUGCCUGCAUCAACAAUCCAGAAUCAAUCUGUGCCCCAACAAUAUGAUUUUGUACCUAACACACACCAGGGGCAAGUAAUUCCUUAUGACACAGGUCUACCAAAGGAGAUUCUACCUACAGCAUUGGUUGACAUCAUAACAGGCUUUCCCGAAAUGUAUUCAGAUACCACCCUGGAAGCAUUAGCUGCUUCUUUGGAUGCAUUAGCUUUGUCUCCAAUAUUCCCUGGCUUAGACAGUACCAAAAUGGCACAGUAUCAGAUGGAGAGGGAGUUUCUAGAGCUGGAAAAGCUUAAACAGUUGUGUCUUGCAGAGGAGUUAGAGUGGGAGAGACAAGAGAUCCAGCGUUAUCGUGAACAAGAGCAGAUAAUGGUGCAACAAGAACUGGAAGAGCUCCAAGCUCUGAAACAACAGCUUCUACUGCAGCAAGAGGAAGAACACCAUGCUCAUAUAAUAGCCCAACAGGAAACGUAUGCCCAGCAGAAAGAGCAGUUGCAGCAAAUUCAGCAACUUCAGCUUCAACUACAGCGGCAGUUAGAUGAACACUAUGGUAACACAGGUUCUACGUCAAACCUCCUUGAGGCAAAAUAUGCAGGAGUUGGUGACAGUGGACAGUACUGGCCUGUCAAAGAUGAAUCUACAGGUCCAUUUAUUAGUACACAGUUACAGGAAAGUCAGGACCAGCGUAACAUAACAAAAAAGAUUCAAGAUGGUCAGGACACAGGUAAAAAGAUAAUUGACAGUGGAGUGCAGACUGAUGAUGAAGACUCAACAGAAAAGCAGCACAUCGGAAGAAGGAAGAAAAAUAAGAGAAACAUUGAUAGCUCGGCUCAGUCUGACGAUGAAGACCAAGAUGAAUGGGAUGCUCCCACAAAAGCUCGCCGACGGUCUCGCAAGCACAGCAGUGAAGGAAAACAUAGUUCUAAGGUCUCUAGCAUUGCUAUCCAGACAGUCGCUGAGAUAUCUGUUCAGACUGACCACUCUGGAACCAUCAAACGACCCAACGUCCAGAUGGACACCAAGGUGGAAAUAAUCAAACACAUCUCAGCUCCUGAAAAUUCUCAGCGAGGUGGUAGUCUGAGCUGUCAGACAGAUUCAGAUAGAAGACCCGCACCCAACGAAAUGGGUUACGGGACUCACAUACCGACUGAUGCUUCGGCUAGAUCUAGAAGUUUCUUUACUUCAGUGUCCCCCUUAUCGCCUGAUAAAUCACUUGGAGGGCAGAAAAUGCUGACUGCGGACCCAACAAGGUUUUACUCAGGCCCUCGAUUGAAGCCUGGCCAGAAGUAUAUGUCUGAUCCUAAAUCUUUGAGCCCCACUACAGAAAACAGGAUGAGUGGAUACUACGCAGACAGUUAUUCUGGGCGAGGCUGUCCCUCUGGAACAGGCAAGAAGGUGAAGCGUACGCUACCAGAUCCACCUCCUGAGGAUGACUCGUUAAUGGGACGGUCAGGCUACAGCACCAACUCUGCCCGUCGCCGUCUUGCCCGCAGUACUACAAUGGCUCGGGCGAAGAUCCUGCAGGAUAUUGACAAAGAGCUUGAUCUGGUAGAGAGGGAAUCUUCAAAACUACGCAAGAAACAGGCUGAACUCGACGAGGAGGAAAAGGAAAUUGACGCAAAACUACGGUACCUGGAGAUGGGUAUCAAUCGCCGAAAGGAUGCCUUACUGAAAGAGCGAGAGAAGAGGGAGAGGGCCUAUCUCCAGGGGGUGGCAGAAGAAAGAGAUUACAUGUCAGACAGCGAGGUUAGCAACAUUAGAGAUGACCGGAGUGAUCGCCUGGAGAGGCCGCGGACAGCGCCCCAAUCUGAGUUUGAUCAAUUCAUUCCCCCACAGACUGAAGCGGAUUCCCAGUACAACACGCUAACAAGCCCCUACUCCCAUUACGGCCAGUAUGUUCCCCAGACUCAAACCACCAGCCAUUACAGUCAACAUAAUCUAUAUGAGCAGCAGUCUGUUUACCACCAACAGGUGUCACCUUACUCAACCUUAUCACUUUCGCAUGGUCAGGAUCAGCCUAGCAGCUACCAACAUGCUCUGCUCUUGCAACAAGGAAAGCAGCGUCAAAACAACCUGUCUGAUCUAGAGCCUAAAAUCUCCAGUAACUAUGAGGUCAUGCGUAACCAACCUUUAAUCAUAGUGCCAACCUCCUCAGAGAGUGGCUAUGGGGUGGCUCAUCUUGGAGGCAAGUAUGGCAGCUUGGACUUAAGGCUUGGGCUGGAGGAAAGGAGCAUGGCCUCUAGUCCGAUGUCAAGCAUAUCUGCAGAUUCCUUCUAUGCUGACAUUGACCACCAUAAUGCCAGAAACUAUGUGCUGAUUGAGGACAUUGGGGAACUCACCAAAGCCUCCACAGGGUUGGGUACCACUGGCUUGGGUUCAGGAUUUACAAUCCCUGAUAAGGAGUUGUCUAAGGCAGACAGACUACUUAGGGCAGCAGAAGUCAGACGCACAGAGGUAGCAGAUUUUUUAGGACCGUCACAACUUCAAGGUUAUGGUAAAGGAGAAGAUGACACUAUGGAGGAACCUUAUGAGUUAAAACUACUGAAGCAACAGAUCAAGCAGGAGUUCAGGCGAGGAACUGAGGGACUAGAGCAUUUAUCGGGCUUGGGCCUUCCCCAGUAUCUUCCCAGUGACAGCAACUUUCGCCACUUCCCAAAAAGUGAAAAGUAUAGCAUUGGAAGGCUCACUCUGGAAAAACAGGCUGCAAAACAGCUCCCGGCUGCUGUGCUUUACCAGAAACAGAUAAAGAACAAAAAGGCUUUGAUUGACCCAAAAGCCAUAACUAAAUUCUCCCCAAUUCAGGAGAGUAGGGAUUUUGAACCAGACUUUGGUAGCUACAUCGGAUCUGGAGCUUCUUCUGUGACCAAUCUGGCUGCUAGAGCAAGAUUGCUUCAGGAUGAGAUCACAUUUGGCCUCCGGAAGAACUUAUCAGAGCAACAGAAAUACUUGGGCUCCUCCCUGGGGGCUAAUCUUGCUGGUUCUCUUGGGCAGUCUCUUGGACUUGGGUCCACUAUUAGGGCCACUGUCCAAGAUGACGGCACCUAUCCGAGCGGCAGCCGCUCCAGACCUUCAUCUCGUCCAUCUUCCCGGCCCUCCUCUGUCUAUGGCUUGGAUCUAUCGAUCAAACGGGAUCUUUCCAGCUCCUCACUCAGACUCAAAACAGAGGGGGAUGUGUUGGAUGCAGCAUUUGCCCCCGGUGUGGCCAGAGCAAAGCCCACCAGUUUGCCUAUCAGCCAAAGUCGGGGCCGUAUUCCCAUAGUGGCUCAAAACUCCGAAGAGGAGAGCCCUCUGAGCCCUGUGGGGCAGCCUAUGGGUAUGGCCAGGGCUUCAGCGGGACCACUUCCUCCAAUCUCUGCCGACUCCAGGGACCAAUUUGGAUCUAGCCAUUCUCUGCCGGAGGUUCAGCAACAUAUGAGGGAAGAAUCUCGGACUCGUGGCUACGAUCGAGAUAUCGCAUUCAUCAUGGAUGACUUACAAGGUGCCAUGUCGGACAGUGAAGCCUACCACUUGCGAAGAGAGGACACGGACUGGUUUGAUAAACCAAGAGAAGGACAUCCUCAGGCCCAGCAUGUGGUGGUGGACCGGAGACAGAUGAAACUGGUCCCUUACGUCUUCCCUCACACUCGUGUGAAGCUCCUGAGAGACCAGAGGGACUCCAGUGUGUCAGGCAACGGUCUCGGGAUACGAGUGGUUGGUGGCAAAGAGAUUCCGGGGAGCCGCGGAGAGAUCGGAGCCUACAUUGCCAGAGUUAUUCCUGGUGGAAUGGCAGAGGGCAAAGUCAUUGAGGGCAUGCAGGUGUUGGAGUGGAACGGCAUCCCGAUGACAGGGAAGACCUAUGAGGAAGUGCAAGGCGUCACGGCCCAGGCGUGUGCGGAGGCGGAGCUCUGUGUGAGACUGGACCUGAACAUGCUGUCUGACCCCGAGCACCCACAAGUCCUGGAGCACCACGUCCAGCUUAAGGCCGUCGGUGGGCAGCGUUCUCCCGGUGUGGAUCCUAACCAGCUGGCGGCAGAGCUGCAGAAGGUGUCCCAGCAGCAGGCUCCGGGCAUGCCGGGCGCAGGAGUCGGACCCGGAGGGUUGGGAGCGUUGUCGGCGUUGGAGCGCUCCGCUCUCCUCCACUCAGGCGCCGGAUCGGCGGCUUCCAGUGGCGUGCCGAGCCCCGGCCAGCCCGCGUCCCCUGCCAUAAACAAGAAGCAACGACACAAGCCAACAGACACAAUGAAGAUAUCGCACCCCAUUACUGGAGAAAUUCAGUUGCAGAUCAACUAUGACCGAAACGUGGGGAACCUGAUCGUGCAUGUGCUGCAGGCCCGGAACUUAGCCCAGAGGGACGACGACGGCUACUCGGACCCCUUCGUCAAGGUCUAUCUGCUGCCCGGGAGAGGACAAGUCAUGGUUGUCCAGAAUGCAAGUGUUGACAACAAGAGGAGGACCAAGUAUGCACAGAAGACCAUGAAUCCAGAAUGGAACCAGACGGUUAUCUACAAGAACAUCCAUCUGGAACAGCUGAAGAAAAAGACCCUGGAGGUAACCGUGUGGGAUUACGACAGAUCGUCAUCCAAUGACUUUCUUGGAGAAGUGUUGAUUGACUUGUCAAACACAGCCCAGUUAGACAACACGCCUCGCUGGCUGCCAUUGAAGGAGCAGAGCGAGAGCAUUGAGCACAGCAGAGUCCACCAAGGAGCUCAAGGACCACCUGGGUCUGGAUCCACUCAGGGACACGGUCAAGGACACUCCCCGGGCCAGGGCCAUCUAUCAGGGCCCGGGAUGGGGCAGGGGCAAGGAGCAGAACAGGGAGAAGGGAGUUACGAUUCGCCUAAAAACUCUGUAAUCAAGAGCAGAAGCCAUGGAAUCUUCCCUGAUCCAUCCAAAGACUGCCAGAUGUUGCCUCUGGAAAAAUCCCACAGCAGCCCAGGCAGCUCCAAGUCCUCCUCAGAUGGCCAGCUACGCUCCCACGGGCCGUCUCGAAGCCAAAGCAAAAGCAGCGUCACUCAGGCCCACCUGGAGGAUGCCGGGAUAGCCAUUGCUGCCGCCGAGGCUGCCGUGCAACAGUCCCGCCUGCAACCAAGACCAGGACACAGGCUCGGUGAUGUCUCAGGGUCCGUGGUCCUGUCAGCCCCCAGCCUGGUGGGGGACGCCUAUGGAGGGCUGGACGCGAGUGAAGGAGGAGGGACCGGAGUGGACAGCGCCAUUUUUCAAGUGCCACGGAUUGGAACUACUAUUCCCAAUGGAACUGACCAAAACCACCUGGGGACUCCCGAGAAUGAAGGUAAAACCCAAGUGAUGGGAGAGAUCAAAGUGGCACUCAAGAAGGAGGUGAAGACGGACGGUGACCAGUUGGUCCUGGAGAUCCUGCAGUGCCGAAACAUUACUUACAAGUUCAAAAGCCCGGACCACCUGCCAGACCUGUACGUGAAGUUGUACGUGGUCAACGUGGCCACUCAGAAGAGGAUCAUCAAGAAGAAAACCAGAGUGUGUCGUCAUGACAGGGAGCCUUCUUUCAACGAGACCUUCCGAUUCCCCCUCAACCACGGACACUCCCUACAGCUUUUCCUGGUGUCCAACGGAGGGAAAUUUGUGAAGAAGACCCUCAUCGGGGAAGCCUACAUCUGGCUGGACAAGGUGGACAUGAGGAAGCGGGUGGUGAGCUGGCACAAGCUGCUCGUCAGCUCCACGCCCACCAACCUCUGAAAUGACUUCUGCUACUUGCAGAUGUCCCAAAAAAAUAAAUACAAUAAAUAUAGGACUAUUAUUUUAAUUCACAGCCAUCCACCUUCCACAUCCUCAUGUGAAGGAACUACAUGAGGAGAAGGCGCCCUGCCCCCUGCUGGUGGACGCCACAACUCGCCACUUUCACGCGGCGACUGUGAGAAACAGCCGUGACGAAAGAUCGGGCAUUUCUACACACUGAAUACAGCCGUGACGAAAGAUCGGGCAUUUCUUCACACUGAAUACAGUCGUGACGAAAGAUCGGGCAUUUCUACACACUGAAUACAGCCGUGACGAAAGAUCGGGCAUUUCUUCACACUGAAUACAGUCGUGACGAAAGAUCGGGCAUUUCUUCACACUGAAUACAGCCGUGACGAAAGAUCGGGCAUUUCUACAAACUGAAUACAGCCAUGACGAAAGAUUGUGCAUUUCUUCACACUUAAUACAGCCGUGACGAAAGAUCGGGCAUUUCUUCACACUGAAUACAGCCGUGACGAAAGAUCGGGCAUUUCUACACACUGAAUACAGCCGUGACGAAGGAUCGGGCAUUUCUACAAACUGAAUACAGCCGUGACGAAAGAUCGGGCAUUUCUACACACUGAAUACAGUCGUGACGAAAGAUCGGGCAUUUCUACACACUGAAUACAGCCGUGACGAAAGAUCGGCAUUUCUACA